AUGGAUGCAAAUCUGCAUGUGGAUAAACUGAUGGAUGAAGAAGAGUCCCGUCAUGGCAGGAGGAGAAAGAACAGUCUCCUCAACAUGUUGACAGAAACGUGUGGGGGGCUUGAAGCUGUCAGAAGCAAAAGAAAGCAUAAUGAUGGCACGGUGGGUGGAAGAAAAUCCAUAGGAGAAGAACCAGGUAGAGGCGAAGGAGAGGAAAUACAGAGCGGCAGUGAAAAAGGGAUGCUCAGUCCUGCAGAAGAUAAGGAGGAUGAUGAAGAGGAGAGACUGUGCAAGCAGAGAGUUCUGGGAGUAAUGAGGGAGCUCAGUGUUUUUCAUUCUGAGAGAGUGACAGCGUGGAGAGGAGUUCUCAGAGAUUGUGCCAACAAGUCUCCGCCAGGGGACAGUGAUCAGCAGGAAGCGUCCACAACAGAUACAAAUUGGAAAGUCAAACCUUGUUCAGACUCCUUCACAGAUAUUUGUCUGAGUGUUUGGGAGGACAUAGAUGUCAUUAUGGACACACUGAACACAAUUAUAGCUAAACUGGAUGGAGAAAUCCUCAAAUUAUGUGCAGAAAAUGCCUCAAGUGUGGAUGCAGAAGUUCAGGAGACCAGAAAUAUAAAAGAACCAGAGCCUCCUGAAGAUGAUCAAAAUCACCUAAACUCCUGUGAUCCCCUUGAAGCUAACUCUAGGCAUAAACAGGAGGAUAGAAAUGAUCAAAAUACAAUGCCAUUACAGGACACUGAGCAAACAUCAGACAACAGACUCUGCAGUUCUGAUUGUAAUGAUGUGAAAGAGACGGGGCAAGAAUUUGUGGUCAAAAGUGAUCAAGGGAGUGAUACUGAGGACUGUCAUUCUCAAGAAAGAAAGACAGAUUUCCUGGAGGGGACAGAAAAGGCAAAAGAGGAAACAAAUGAAUGGAUCACAGUAGGGCUCAACGGCCAACAGGGAAACAGCCAAUCAGAUGUACCGGACACAUGCUUCAUCAGAGCACCUAUGGGUGUGGCUGAGGUCCUGAGAUGUGAGGUGGCCGACACCCUGAGCUGCCUGAUGGUGACGGGUUCAGAGGAGCUGGUCAGCAGAGUGAUCAGGCUCAAAGUUCAGGAGGGAGCUAACGUACACUUCCCCGUGACUGUGGUUGUGCCUUUCUGCGCACGUUACCGCGGCAACUACAGGGAUGUUGCAGUGAAGAUAGUUGACAGGGAGAGGAGGGCAAGCUACGUCACUCCUGUAACCACAGAGGGCACGUAUGGAGGUCACAGGGGCUCAUUUGCAGAUGUGAGGGUGUAUUCCCUUGGCCUGUUUGCAGUGGUGUCCUGUCUAAAAAGAGAAAAUUACACAGUUACCACAAAAGGUUUGUCACUAAAGCUACCCAUGGACCCCCGGAUUUGCCUGAACUACCUCCCAGGAGCCUUCGCUGCUCCAGUUAUAGCACAAACCAUGAUCCAGCCAGUAGAUGCUGUUCUGCUAGCUGCCGUCAAGACUAGGAGCGAUGUCUACCACGCGGUGGUGUCUACGAGUCCGUUUCUCUACCUCACCCACCCAUCCUCUAAGCCCCUGAGAAGACCCCUCACUCUCACCCUUCCCUGUCCCCCAAACACUGAAAAGAAAAGGCAGACAAGGGGACAAGAAGAGGAGCAAGACCCCCAAAUGUGGCCUGUCAGUGGUUCUCCAUCAUGGGAUCAACCUGCUUCCCACAGAAGGAGAGCCUCUGGGAAGUCUAAAGAGAUGUCAAACGAGAUGCCGAUUGUUCUGGGUUCAAGAGACAAACGGUGGAACAUCCUGGAUAAAGUCACAGUCAGGAACCAGCAAAAUGGGCUGGUGUCUUUUGAGCUGACGGAGCACUUUGACAGCUGCCUCAGACUGCUGGUGGUGCGUCUCCUGUCUCCCCUGCAGCCUCUCCAGCUCUCCUCCCUGGCAGAGGAGCUGGAGGAGUCGGUCUGCUGCCAUGCGGUCACCGUCGUCCUCCAGCGGAGACAGGAUGAGCCGCACGACCUCCUGGUGGCUGUCCUCCCCAACAGAGACCUCAGCUGGGAGACGUCCAAACUGCGAGCCCAGGGAUACAGCGGGCUGCCGGAGACAUCGGAGGAGAUCUCCAUGUGUGAGGGAGACCAGCUCCUCCUGCGUUUCAGCGGCAACAUAACCUCCUCAGGAACUCAAAACGAAGGACAUGAUGUCCCAAACGAGCGAAUCACCUUCCACAGUCAGCAGAAGAAUCACCUCAUGGUGCGUCUUACAGAAGUGGACCCGUUUGGGAACUACAGCUCCCCCCACUACAAGGGCACAGCAAUGUUCUACAAGGUCGCCAGAGUUCAGCUGGAGUGGCGAGGUGAUAAACCGGUCGCCAUGGACACAAAGCUCCUUGGAGACCCCGUCUGUAAGCUGUCUCUGACUUUACCCAAGAAAGUGAGAACCAUUAAUCGGCCAAUCACAGCCAGGGUGAGGUUACGCGAGGACACAGACUCCCUGUCAGACUCUCUCCUCCUCUGGCUGUCGGGGGAGCUUUCAGAGGAGGAGGUCUCUCUGCUGGUGGUCUCCCUGCGUCUCCGUCGAAGCGCCGCUCAGCUGGUGAAGCUGCGGGCCGGGGACAGCCUCUCCACCCAGGCC